ACUAGACAGUGCUGGAUUUCUUGGAUCUAUUCUAACACUGUCUGGUAACGAUGUUUAAAGGGUGAACCAAACAACACCAUGCAUCAGGAGGAGUUCUCAAAGAAAGACACUGUGCCACAAUUUAGGUCGAAUUGGAACAUUUGGCCAAGAGGGUAAGGAUGUUGGCUAUCGUAUUAGUGAGUAUUUUUAGACUUCUGAAAUGGUUAUGAUCAUAAAUACUUAUGACAAAGAAGCUGCUGCAAACCACCCUGCUGGGUGCUCCUACUGCAGUAAAGGAGGUGAGAAGCACGCCAGCUCUAGCAUCCAAAUGCACACCUCCUCAGAGGCACAGCACUGCACAAUCCCUCCAAACAGUGGGGUUAGGGCUAUAGGGUAUUUGCAUGGCCCAGCUCUUGUCCAGGGGACUGACAGAUUUGCUAGCAGCCAGCCGUGCUUGGCUGUGAGAGGUGCUCAGGGCAGGACGCUGGUGGUAAAGGUCGUUCUUCCCAAUUACAGUUCAAUUACUUCCACGGCUGAACAGCCUGUGAACUUUCAACCUUCUAACCUGCCCCCAUACAGGCAGCGCUGGCAGCAUAUGGAGCAGGUGGGUUAAUCACUCUAAUCAUCCCAUUAAGAAACAAAGCAAUUUAACCCAGGCAAGGAACUGAAUGCUUACCCUGCUCUACCUAACCAAGCAGAGGGACAUGAACACAUGUCACAGCCAAUGUGAGUUAAUGGUACUGCAAGAACACGUGCUGAUGUGCAGCCUCGUAUCUCUGCUUGGGUCCUGCCUUGACACCCUUAGUUGUACCAGUAUGAUGGGGCAACUGGACUGGGCCCACUCAAAAAUGAAAUUCAGUCUGCACUCAACACAGAGAGAAGGUGAGUCUAAAGCCUGGAGCUGCCCAGACCUCAGGAUCAUAUCCCACAUGAUCCUUCCACAUUUAAAGCACUGAUUUCCUUUGAAAGAGGAUUAUCUAGAGCAGUAGAGUUAACAAACCAGUAACUUUGAUAUAAUUCAAAUCUGGAUGAAAAUUGGAGCAUGGUUGACCUUCAGAGAAUAAGAAUUCACAUCGGGCCUCAUUAACAGGGCACUGUAUGAGCUGACACUCACCUUUUCACAAGGAUGGUUGGUGCCUCUCAAAUUUUGGGGUUCCUGGGGACCCGCCCUGGUCUGGGACAGUGCACAGACCUCAUGCUGGUUUUUCAGAAUUGCACCCACUGGUUUUCAGCUCCCUGCUGUAAGAAACAUAGGGCAACAUUACACACAAGCUUGGACCGUGCUUCUCCCCCCAGUGCUUUACAUAGGCUCGCAGGACUGCUCUAUGCUGGAAUCACAGCACUGAAACCUUUUCCUCAUCCUCAGCUUAGUGCUAAUCCCCUCCCUCCCUCCUGGAUAAAACAGGUACAGCAGCCCAGAGGCACGCAAGCGAAAAACUCUCCAACCUUUCCUUUCCAUGCCUUUCCAACCCUGUCCAGUGCAAUGCCAUACAAAAACUGCCAUGUAAUAUAGGAACAGCAGAAAAACAAACCAAAGGCAGCUCCCACAGAGCUGCUCUUGCCCUUGCACGUUGCAGUUCUCAGGAAAACAAGAGCAGGAGGGAGCAGAGGAGCAUUCUUUGGUGAUUAGCCUCUGUGUGACUUAUUAACUGGCUCACAAGGGAUUGAGGAAAUGGUGUGAAAUUUGAGUGGUUCUGCAAAUUAGCUUUUAACAAGCAUUUAAAUAAGAUGAAUUGGAACACGCACCCAACUCCCAUCCAACUUCUCUUCUUAAAACUCAAUACGGAUGCUAACCUUGGAUGGAUUAAAAAAAAAAAAAAAGAUGAUAACAAUAAUUGGGCAUCCCUGGCAUGCACAGGGAUGUCACCUUAAGUUAAUAAAAAAGGAAUGGAACCAAGGAAAUUCCCUUGCCCUCCCCCAGGCUGAUUUAUGCUUAGGAAAGCGUCCGCUCAGCCUUAUCUAGGCAAGAACAGUGAGUCAUGGGAGUCAGGAGCAACCCAGCGAAAUCCCCUCGGCCUCAAUAUCUUCCCCUCCCUCCCCAUCUCCCACCAACGUUCAGUUUGCUUAGCUCAGUUCCACAGCAGAGCGAUUCCAUGGGCAGCACUGAUGCUCACUGCAGUAGAAGAGCUAAGACCCGGCCUGCCCUAGGCUGAACUCCAUCUAGGGGUUUAAUAUCGAUGAGAGCACAGCUGUGGGGUGCAGCUGAACCACUUCUGCAUCCCUGCUGGGUGACGGAGCUGCAGGACACGGGGAUGGUGAGCGCCUCACAGCAACGUGGAUGCGGAGGAUGCAGCCGGCGCCCGCGCUCUGCAAUGGCCUCUGUGCCACCCAAGAGGAAGAGGAAGACCAGAGCCAAGCGACAGGGCCGUCACCAACAGCAGGCACCAUCCUUAUCCGCCAACAGAGGUAAGCCCCUUGAAAAUAUUUCUCCUACCUCUGAAGUGAAGCUUGACAAAGCCAGGCCUCAUGAGAACAGAACGAAUGGUAAGGCAAACCCUCAAGAAAAGCAGCCAGAAGAACUGAUACGACAAGUUCCAAUGGCAUCAGGACCAUAUUUUUAUGUCAGUGGAUCUAAUGGAGCAGGACUUGUGAGCAUCUAUUGCCAGAGCAGAGGCUGGCAGCGUAUCUAUGACAACAGAAGACAGGAUUACGCACUGAAAUGGUGUGAGAUCAAGUGCCGAGAGACCUAUUACCAUUUCAAAGAAGGAGAGCAGCUGCUCUACCAGAUUCCCAACAACAGUGUCCUCACCAGCAAGACUGGGCUUUUGUCCUGCCUGCGAGAGCAAGAGCGAGUGAUGAAGAAGAUCAACAGGAGCUCUAAUCCCAGGUUACUGAAGAUGAAAGAAUUCUUUCCAGAAUCUUUUCGCCUGGACUUAAAAGAAGAGAGAAAUGCCUUUUUUGAGCUUUGCAAAGAAGAGGAGAUUUGGAUCUGCAAACCGAGUUGCUCUAACCAAGGGCGAGGAAUAUUCCUGCUGAAAAAUCCCGAUGCUGUCACCACCCUGCAAGCCAAGCUCUGCAGCUCUGAGAGAGACCUACCCAGUAAGAGGGUGCCCUGUGGGGCUCCCCAGACAAGAAUAGUGCAAAGGUACAUUGACCAACCUCUGCUCCUGGAAGGGAAGAAGUUUGACGUCCGUUCCUACCUCCUCAUUGCCUGCACAGCACCGUAUGUGUUGUUUUUUGCCCAGGGCUACGUCCGGCUGACCUGUAGCAAUUACGAUGCCACAUCUGAUGAUCUGACUGUCCAUCUCACCAACCAGUACGUGCAGAAGAAGAACUCCCUCUAUGGCCAGCUGAAGGAUGAGACAGUUUGGCAGAUGGAGCAUUUCAACAGCUACGUUAAUGAGAAGUUUGGGAAAACCAAUGGCCUCCCACAGGACUGGGUUUUCACUGUGUUUACUAAAAGGAUGCAGCAAAUCAUGUUGCAGUGCUUCCUGGCAGCCAAGCACAAACUGGAUCGUAAACUGGGCUACUUUGAUCUCAUUGGCUGUGACUUUUUGAUUGACGAAAACUUUAAGGUCUGGCUUCUGGAGAUGAAUGCAAACCCUGCAUUGCACACCAACUGCAAAGUCUUGAGAGACAUCAUCCCCAGCAUCAUUACCGAGAGUCUCGAUCUGGUUCUCGAGAUCUUCACCAAGUGCCUCAAGGGACAGAAGGUGCUGCCUUUGAAGACACUCUGCCACUUUGUGCUUCUCUACAAUGAGGAUGCUGCAGACCUGGGCCAGAAGCAACCUCUGAAGCUCAGCACCAGGUCGUUCACAGGAAGGUACCUGAGGCCACACACAGACAGCACCAGGCACUUCAGGUACAGCCCUGCCAAAACUGCAGGCCUCCCCAGCAGCUCAGCUGCUUCAGAAGAAAGAGUGCUUUGCUGCCUACAAAGGGCUGUCGGCGAGCUGUCCUAA